GCUUUUUCCAAACUCUUUUCUUUUGAGUCUUCUCCACAUAUCUAUGGCUUCUCCCUUAUCAUCACCAUCUUCUUCUUCUUCUUCUCCAAGAUCUAACAUCUUCUAUUAUGCUGGAUGUGAACAUCACUAUGAGCAGCCAUAUUUCCUUCAAGCUUGUUUUCUAUGCAAAAAACCUCUUGGCCAAAACAGAGACAUCUUUAUGUAUAGAGGGAACACUCCGUUCUGUAGCAAAGAGUGCAGGCAGGAACAGAUAGAGAUUGAUGAAGCAAAAGAGAAAACGUUGAAGCUUUCUUCUUCAAAAAGGGGUGUUAGAAAAUCUGAGACCACUAACCAGAAUUCUACAUCCGACAACACUUUAAGAACAGGCACAGUUGCUGUGGCCUAAUCAAAACUAAAUAUUGUUAAGAUUCCAACUCUUGCAGAAUUAAAAUUUCACAAGAGAGGAACGAUCGAUCUCGAUGGAGAUUCUGAUUUGUAAUGAAAGAGUUGGGUAACAGAGAAAAGAGUGAACAAACAAGAAAUUUUGGCCAUUCUUCUUGUUUUAUUACUUUUGCUUUUUUGUUUUUUUUUUUUAAUCUCUUAAUUUUUCGUAAUGUUAAAUAAGAACGUAUAGGAAGUAUAAAGAUA